AGAAUUAACGUUCGCAUGGUUUGUUCGUAGGUCGAGUCGAACAGGCAGAUGUAUCGUUCAACGAUGGAACAGGUCGCUCAUUUCUUGGGCCGGGCUCACAGGAGCCUCGAGAUCCUGCACACCAAGGAGAACCCCAAGGAUAAGAGACGCGUUCCUCGUAGUCGCAGCGUGCACACGGUGGUCCAUGCGGAUCCCUCGCCAAAUCGUGGGACCGCGACCCCGUCAUCGCCCGCGUCAUCGACGUCCUCGCCGUUCGCUCGCGCCAAAUCGGUAACCCAGAUCGGAUCGCCGAGCGCCACCUGCUUCCGCGAGUUUACCUGGUCGGUUCUGCGAAGAAACGACCCGGUGCACUGCAUAUCGCCACGUGCCAAGCCGACGGAUCUCAAUAAGACGAACGACGUUCCUCCCGACAACGUCGUGUAUCGCGAGCCCAAGCAGACGGAAUUGAACCCGGACGAGAUACCGCCGGAGAAGCUGUCUCAAGAGGCGUUUAGGUUAUUGAGGACAGUCGAGUCCUUGCUGUCGAUGCGAGAACCCGACUUGGCGAGGAUGACGCCGGUCGACGAAAACGGAUCUUCUCCUUCCCCUACGGUGGAUCAUCACCAUCAUCAUCAUCAUCAUCAUCAUCAUCACGACAUGUCUCUCUCCCUGCCAAGUGGUAACUUCGCCAAUUCGACGACUUUGCAAGAGGCCACCGCCUAUUCUGGAUGUUCCGGCAGUAGUCGUGAAAACGAAUCGAGCAGUGGUCAGCAGAGCGACAGUAGAUCGCCAAGCCUCGUCAAGACAUCCGUCACCGAGUUCAGCCGAAAUCUGCAGAGCUUCGUGCCGAGCAUCAGAAGGUCGCCCGACACUGCCUCCUGGAACUCGAGUAUUAGCAAAACGACCGAAGAGGAGGACACCGUCGCGCUUGCCGCCUCGUCGAACGGAGCCACGUCCAACAGCACGCCGACCUCGACGCUCAACGUUGCGAAGCGAUUGAAAAAGAAGGAAUCUGCAGGAUUAGCCGGCAAACCUAAAGUGAAGCCAGCCAGUCCGGUGAGCAGCGCCGAGGGCGAGAGCGGAUUUUUCUCGAUUAGUUCCUUCCAGGAGGUGGGCCUGCCCGCUUCGACGGCCCUGCCGAUCACGCCUGUUAAGGGUUGUCAUACCGAGGUAGGCUUGCCGGAAGUGCCCCUAGACAAGACCAGGCAUCGACGAUGGUCCUCCACGCCGGCGGAGAUCCAGGCGCUCUUCAAACAGCACCGGGCGAGCUUCGGCGGCACGCCGCAAACCACCACCGAGUCCGUCAGCGUCUGUUGGGUCUGAGUGUUGCGGAAGCCACGUCGAUUAUGAUCCCACCGCAAACCGAUCGUUAUUGGCUUCGCGCACAGCCGAUUUUCAGGAACGACAUUUAGGUAGAUCGCUAGGGAAAUCCAGUAAUCUUGUAAAUAACUUCUUGCGCAGCCGCUUUUGUUACGUUAAUCAAGUAUGUAGAACCGUAGUACUACUACUGACCGGUAGUAAUCGCGAUUCCUAAUUUUUUUUUAUCGUUCGGACGAGAUGACUCGAGUGUGACACAUCGUUUCGGCGAUACUGGUGCAUGCAGUUGAAAGUUCUUACGGGAAAAUUGUCCAUUGAAAUGUAUUAACGGACAGUAAGGAAGAGCGCAUAAAGAAAAUAAGGAAUUGAUACACGUCCGCGUAACUGGGCAAGUUUCGUAGAUAAUGCGGCCAUUCUGUAAGUAUAGAAAA